AUGGCAAAGGGUAAGGAAGACGAUGAUUUGUGGAACAGACCUCCUCUAACACCCUUCAGGACCAUCGCCGACCGUCAAUUGGGCGACACUCGGUUCUCGAGGCGCUUCCUUCCCUCUGUCGACGGCCUCGUGGACCUCUUCCUCUACGGCAUAAUCCUGGUGCCGCUCCACUUCACGAUACACUGGCGCCUCGCGACAAUCGACCUCAGGAAGAAGCACAUCGCCUACUAUGACAGCAUGGAAAGCAGCCGCGAGAGGCACAACUGCCUCCACAAGCUGCAGCUCUACCUGGAAGCAGAGAGCCAGUACAAGCGGGGACACGGCCUGGACUGGGAACCCUGGAAGCUGCAGGUGAUAAGCGACCUGCCGCAGCAGCACAACGACAGCGUCUGUGGCAUCUUCACCUGUCAGUACGCCGAGUGUGUCUCGCGCGACGCCAAGAUCUCCUUCGGACAGCAGCACAUGCCAUACUUCCGCAAGCGGGUGGUGUAUGAGAUCUUACAUGGGCAGCUUCUCCCUGUCUGA